CGCCGGGUGGGUUGGCGGACUUGGGUCGUCGUAUCGUCAGAAUCGGUGUUUUAUUUUUUUGGUGCACGCACGAUUCCACACCAACCGGCCAUCCGUUUCGUCCAUCGCUCCCGGUGUGUGUGUGUGUGUGUGUGCGUGAGCCCUGGUUUCUUGUGUUCCCCGCCUCAAAGUUCGUCUGAAGUUGUUUGGAAGAUGACGACAUACGGCCCACGAGAUUAGCAGCAGACGGGAAUGGGAAAUGACAACAACGGUGUCUAGUGGUUAUUGUUCCGAGUAUUGGUAUCGUAAUGUGUGGUGACCAUAGUUGGCGAGUUCAAUUCAUGAUAGCAGUGAAGGUAAGUGGCCGACUACUGGUGACGCUUUUUGUCUUCUUCUCUACUUCCCUGAAUUAGUUAAUUUGAUGCAUGAAAAGGCAACGUCAUACGUCAACGUCAUAAGUCAUGUCAACAAUGUCGUGUCCAGAAUGCCAUAUGCCAUACGUCAUGUCAACAAUCCGAUGCGUCAUGUCGACAAUGUCAAAAGUCGUGUCGGCAAUGUCAAACGUCGUGUCAGCAAUGUCAUACUUCGUGUCAACAAUGUCAUAUUUGUCAUGUCAACAAAGUCAUAUGUCAUGUCAACAAUGGCAUACGUCAUGUCAACAAUGGCAUAGGUCAUGUCAACAAUGUCAUAUGUCGAGUCAAUAAUGACAAUCAUUAAGUUUUGCGAGCUGUACUUUGCGUUAAUCAUAAUCCCUUUGAAUCUUUGAAAAUAGAUUAUAUAUAUUAUGGGGAGAACACAAUUCAGACUAAAGUGAUAGAUUAGUUUCAGGAGUACCGAGUGAUAGAUUAGUUUCAGGAGUACCGAGUGAUAGAUUAGUUUCAGGAGUACCGAGUGAUAGAUUAGUUUCAGGAGUACCGAGUGAUAGAUUAGUUUCAGGAGUACCGAGUGAUAGAUUAGUUUCAGGAGUACCGAGUGAUAGAUUAGUUUCAUGAGUACCGAGUUAUAGAUUAGUUUCAGGAGUACCGAGUGAUAGAUUAGUUUCAGGAGUACCGCUACGCCGUACUUCAUAUCUCCUGGAAAAGGGGAUGAAUCUGAUAGAAUUCUUGAUUUGGUAGCAUGACUCUGUCGAGCAAAUGAUCGUAAUAUUCCACUUUCUUUGACUUUUCGAGAAGAAAACAUUGCGAUUCCAGUCUUUUCUUACUCCUUGUUGUCUUGUUGUAUAGUUGUAUAGUUGUCUAGUUGUCUUGUUGUAUAGUUAUAUAGUUGUCUGUUGUCUUGUUGUAAAGUUAUAUAGUUGUCUAGUUGUCUUGUUGUAUAGUUUUAUAGGUGUCUAGUUGUCUUGUUGUAUAGUUUUAUAGGUGUCUAGUUGUCUUGUUGUAUAGUUUUAUAGGUGUCUAGUUGUCUUGUUGUAUAGUUUUAUAGUUGUAUAGUUGUAUAGUUUUAUAGUUGUCUAGUUGUUUUGUUGUAUAGUUUUAUAGUUGUUUAGUUGUCUUGUUGUAUAGUUUUAUAGUUGUAUAGUCGUCUAGUUGUCUUGUAUAGUUUUAUAGUUGUCUUGUUGUCUUGUUGUAUAGUUUUAUAGUUGUAUUGUCGUCUAGUUGUCUUGUAUAGUUGUGUAGUUGUCUAGCUGUCUUGUUGUAUAGUUGUCUAGUUGUAUAGUUGUGCAGUUCUAUAGUUUUCUAGUUGUAUAAUUGUGUGAUUGAUGGUCUAGUUGUAUUGUUGUCUAGUUGUAUAGUUGUCUAGAUGUAUUGUUGUCUAUCUGUGUUGUUGUCUAGUUGUAUAGUUGAUCAAUACGCCAAGAAGUCUCCGCUAAUAUUUGAUGACGUCCAUGUUAUAAUGGUCCAUCUAAAUACAAACUAAUGAUCAGUAGUUGGUAAAUAAAAUGCUCACCCAGAAUCCCAAAUAUUCUACAUUAAUUUUUGUUGGUCAAAGUUUUUGGACAAAUGUAAGAUCACAUAUGAUUCUCAUCCUUCCUAUAGACUUGAAUAUGUUACAUUUUGUAUGUGCUUAUGUAUUUAUGUUUAGGGUGGGUUUGGUUGUAGCAUAAUAGUCAUGCUAGCCUUGAUGGUUACAUUCAUCUUCAGGCGAUAACUUUUAGUCGAUAUGAACUCAGGGGCGUUGGAAGGGGUGUGGAGGGGGCGGUUCGCCCCGGGUGGCACUAACCUUAGCCACACCACUGUAUGACCUCAGAGUUGAGCUACCAUAGAGCUAAGAAAGUGACCAACACGGAUACUGAUUGGGGGCAAUGGGUUGUGAUUUGGGAAUAGUUUGUGAUUGGAGGAGUGGGGUCGAUUGGAGGUAUAUCUGGGAUCGGAGAAAUGCAGGGGUGGUUGGAGGCAUUAGGUGUUAGUGAAAUGUGUGAGAGAGGUGGAUUGCCAGGUGAUUGUGGGAAUGAGCUGGUCGUUGGGGAUUGGGGUUAAAGUUGGGAAGCGUCGGAAGGGGGGCGCAGGGGGGUGGGGGCUUAGAAAUAUAAUUAUUUUAUCGAAGUGUGAAAUCAUUUUUAUAUGCAAAUAUGACUCCAUAUGUUUAGUUACACGGCUCCUGCAUAUUUUUAGGUUUGGUCCAGUUAUUGUGGGGGAUGUUCCAUGGGAUCAUUGAUCUCAUGCUAUCAGAUAGCUUGGUCUUGUCACUGACAGCUAGAUGUGACCUGUAGACAACUCGAACUUUACGCAGGGUGUUACAAUAAAGAUUUCUGUCUCGGAUUUCAAUGCUCUAAAUUAGUGGUUCCCAACCUGUGAUUAAAGAAGCCCUUAGCGCUCCAUAUGCAAUGGUCUGGGGUUACGCUCCGGGAAACUCACUAGUACUAUUUACUUGUAAGACAAAGCAUAACCACCCCCGGGGGGGGGGUUGGGGGGAGGUGCUCCCUUAAACAAAUUUAUUCUAAAAAUGUCUCGGGGAGUCAAACAUGUUUGGAAACCACUCCUUUAAAUUUUUAUAAAUUGAUGUCCUUAUUGGGAUCUAGAAAAAGUGAUUUCUUGUAAAAAUUUAAGACCACCAGGAAUUCCGAAAUCACCUACACUUCCGGUAUACGGCAAUGUCAUGUUGACCCAAGCAAUAUAGACAUCUGCGGUGGGGAAGACUGUGGGCAACACGGUGGUCAAAACCUUUUUCUUAUAGGAAGGCCCGCAUGGGGGCAUGAUGUCUUCAUCAAACAAAAGCUCUUCCUUUGGGAAAUGUUGACAACAAUGAUCUCGAUUCUAGAUAGUGUUUUAAAAUGUUAAACGUUCUGAUAAUAUGGCUUGGCAAGGAUGGAAUUGUGUGUCCAUUCCCCAUUCUCCAUCCAGUGGCGUAGCUAAGGUUAGUCCCACCCGGUGCGGGCUAAGAUUUUAGGACUAAGAUUUUACCGCCCCAUUCCACGAAAAAAUACUCUUUAGAUUGCCGAAAAUGCCGCCCCUGAAUAUAAAGGAAAAAAAGAAAGUGCAGUCCGGUGCGAACCGUCCCCUUCUCGCCCCCCCCCUCCUUUCCUACGCCACUGCACCCAUCUGUAUGCUGUCAAUUAUCCUCCACGUGAGAUAACGGCACGCCAGGCCAGAUAUCUUGCGUCCUGAAAACGUAAUUAGAUGUUGCACUUCCGGAUCAAGUCAGUUACAAAUCUCAAAGUUUGUGCCCGCAUCUGUGUCUGACAGAUUGUUCAUGUCCCCGUUUGUGUCAGACAGAUUGUUCAUGUCCCCGUUUGUGUCAGACAGAUUGUUCAUGUCCCCGUCUGUGUCAGACAUAUUUUUCAUGUCCCCGUCUGUGUCAGACAGAUUGUUCAUGUCCCCGUCUGUGUCAGACAGAUUGUUCAUGAACUACUCUGUGUCAGACAGAUUGUUCAUGUCCCCGUCUGUGUCGGACAGAUUGUUCAUGAACUACUCUGUGUCAGACAGAUUGUUCAUGUCCCCGUCUGUGUCUGACAGAUUGUUUUCAUGUCCCCGUCUGUGUCAGACAGAUUGUUCAUAUCCCCGUCUGUGUCGGACAGAUUUUUCAUGUCCCCGUCUGUGUCGGACAGAUUGUUCACAUGUCCGUCUGUGUCGGACAGAUUAUCUCAUCAUUUUAUUUCCUUGUUAAAUAAGUUUUUUUUUUUAAAUUAUUUAAAACGGAUUCAGCCCCUAACUUUUUUACCGGAGAAUUCAACAUCUUCAUUGAGCUGUAUUGGAAAUAUGUCCUCAUAACGCUGUAUUCAAAAACUGUCAUACAAGAUGUGUCAUCAUAAGGUGGUAUAUAAGAUGUAUUAUCAAAAGGUUGUUUGCAAGAUUUGAUCAUAAGGUUGUUUGCAAGAUGUCAUCAUAAGGUUAUUUGCAAGAUAUGUUAUGUCAUCAUAAGGUUAUUUGCAAGAUAUGUCAUCAUAAGGUUGUGUGCAAGUUAUGUCAUCAAAUGGUUGUAGACAAGAUAUGUCAUAAUACGGUUGUAUACAGAUAUGUCAUCAUAAGGUUGUAUACCGUACUCCAUUGUAUGUGCCCUGUGGUACUGUUUUGUAUACUGUACUCCAUUUUAUUUGUGGCAUGCCGGAUAUCUGAUUGUUGGGCGCAAAUCGGAUGUCUGGUUGUUGGGCGCAAAUCGGAUGUCUGGUUGUUGGGCGCAAAUCGUUUCAUAUAUAUAUAAAUAUGGUUACCCACUGUCCAUAUUCUUUGACAUCCUUACUACUUCAACAUUUUAUUUUUUGUCCUUUCAUCUUUAUGUCACGUUACGGGAACUCUUUCUCAUACGUAGGCCACUGCCACCUGUAAAUAUUUUGUUUCUAAAACUGCCACCGAUACCCUAGCCUUGACCUUACUCGAGCCGCGACUCACGCACGAGACAAGUCAAAUCUUGUAUUAUCGAAUAUCACGUCAGCUAAACACAGCCACCACACAGCGCCAUCUGUGCAUUUGGUAAUUACAUCAACGUGAUGAAUGGCUUUGGUCGGAGGCUACGGGUGGAGAGGUUAAAGUUCAAACAAAUGGGCUCACUCCAGAACUCCAUCUUUGCUGGCGGAAGGGCAGAAGAUGAGAAAGUCGAUGGAUAAGUGGCUCUGGCGUCCAAUAUUUACGGGGGAAAUUACCCGCGUCUGGAGUCUGUCAUUUUUUAACCGUCUACCACGAUCAAUGCGUCACUGACGGUUUUUAGAUUGCACAGCCAGUGGCAAAACAAUAUUUACAUGCGCGCGUCAAAGAGUUAGCAUCAGACGCAUAACACUAACUAACAUGGCUGGGCAAAAGGCAAUCAUACUCUAUCCGGAACCCAAUAUUCACAGGAGUCAACUUACAGCUUAAUGAUUUCAAUGUCACAUACUUUUUUCUGUGUCAUGUUAGUGUCAAACGAACUUCUGUAUAUGUCUGUGUCACAUACGUUUCUGUGACAUUUUGGUGUCAUUUCUGUAUCAUUUCUUUGUCAACCACGUAUCUGCCUACUUUCUGGAUCAUUUCUGUGUCAACCACGUAUCUGUCUAGUUUCAGUAUCAUUUCUGUGUCUACCACGUAUCUGUCUACUUUCUGUAUCAUUUCUUUGUCACCCACGUAUCUGCCUACUUUCUGUAUCAUUUCUGUGUCAACCACGUAUCUGCCUACUUUCUGUAUCAUUUAUAUGUCAACCGCGGCUCUCAUAUAAUCAUAAUCAAUUUUUUUUACUUGAAAUUAACAUUUUAGAUUUUGGUGUUAGGGCCUUUUAAAAAAAAAAAUUGUUUCGCUCCCUCUUGAGUCAACACGUGGCUACGCUUGUGUUAUGCUGAUUGGAAACAUUGGAGUAUGUCACUCCAUAUCCUGGUAAACAUCAUUCAGACAUAAUUCAAACCCAAUUCAUCUGUUUGGGUGGACAGUUUUUCGUGCUCAACAAAAUCACGCAAUAUCAACCUCGGCCGAGUUCCAUUUAUAUAAGAGAUGUUCUAGAAUUGGGGGCAAAAAAAAUUCCAUUUAUAUAAGAGAUUUCUAGAAUUGGGGGGAAAAAAAUUUCCAUUUAUAUAAGAGAUUUCUAGAAUUGGGAAAAAAACAUUUCCAUUUAUAUAAGAGAUGUUCUAGAAUUCGGGGAAAAAAAAAGUCCUUUUAUUUUUUUCCCCUAUCCAUGACGUUCCAUGUAACGAUUCGCAACAUUGCAUAACCGAGGCCGGCGCGUGCAAGGCCGAGAUGAUGUCAUUGUUGUCUCACGCGUGCAAUCUAAAUGCCAAAACGGUUUCUGCAAACUAAAAUAGUAUUAGUAAUGAAACAUUAGCAAUGCAAAUGGGAGGUCCCACGCGUUUCAACGGUGCCUUAACAUGGGAUGGCGAUAAUGCCGGACAACAUUGAAACGAUUUUACGGACAACUGAGUAAAUAUGUUACCAUUGAUUUACACGCCAACAAUGAAAGUACACCGGAAGUGAUGUUACCCAGCAGCGCACAGUUCACGUUGACCCCUUCUUUCAAUAACUCUGUUGACGUCAAUUGUCCGAGACCCGGUGCUAUCUCACCUUUGAUAUUAUGAUAUUGGAUGUACUAGUUGUUUAGUGGUCUCUGGGUGGUCUAGUGGUCUCUUAAUGGUCUAGUGGUCAGUGGGUGGGCUUGUGGUAUUUUGGUGGUCUAGUGGUCUCUUGGUGGUCUAGUGGUCUCUUAAUGGUCUAGUGGUCAGUGGGUGGGCUUGUGGUAUUUUGGUGGUAUAGUGGUCUCUUGGUGGUCUAGUGGUCUCUUGGUGGUCUAGUGGUCUCUUGGUGGUCUCUAGGUGGUCUAGUGGUCUCUGGGUGGUCGAGUGGUCUUUUGGUGGUCUAGUGGUCUCUAGAUAGUCUAGUGGUCUCUGGGUGGUCUAGUGGUCUCUUGGUAGUCUAGUUGUCUCUUUGUGGUCUCUAGGUGGUCUAGUGGUCUCUGGGUGGUCGAUUGGUCUUUUGGUGGUCUUGUGGUCUCUUAGGCGGUCUAGUGGUCUCUUGGUGUUCUAGUGCUCUCUUUGUGGUCUCUUUGUGGUCUUGUGCAGCGAUUCCCAAACGUUUAAGCUGGGCCCGCAAGGUUCGAAAUCAUAACAUGGAUUGGUGCCUGAUUGAUUAGUUAUAUAAUUUUUGUUACCAUAUUCAUGUUGUGUGAGCGGGAAACGUAAGGCUAGCGGACCGGUGCCGGUCUGCAGAACACCAUCUGGGGAAUUGUCUCUUGGUAAUGCAGUGACAUCUUGGUGGUUUAGAUGUCUCCUGAUGGUCUAGGUGUCACUUGAUGAUCUAGAAGUCAUUGAUUGUCAAGGAGUCACUUGAUGGUCUAGGAGUCACUUGAUGGUCUAGAAGUCAUUGAUUGUCAAGGAGUCACUUGAUGAUCUACCAGUCACUUGAUGGUCUAGGAGUCACUUGAUAGUCUAGAAGUCAUUGAUGGUCUUGGAGUCACUUCAUGGCCCAUUGAUAGGUCAAUGGUCUACUUUCGUUGUCUAUCUGGUUAUAUUUUUGUAUGGUCCAGUUGUAACCUGAGCCAAAGGUUAAUCUCUUGCAGCGUUUUUCCACUAGGUACUUAGCUCAUAGUCAACUUUGAUCUUUUGCUUAGCUCAUUGUCAACUUUGACCUUUUGUUUAGCCGAUGGUGAACUUUGACCUUUUGUUUAAUUCCGUGGCCCCCAAUGGGUUGUUUUUUCUUCUAAAGACUGCAUUUUUAUAUCCAUAAAGUCCUUUUUCCAAAGAUUUCGUGGCCCCCAGAAAGGUGCUGCAUUCCACAGGGAGGUGUCAGAGGAAGGAUAUGGCCCACUUUGAGGAACCAUGACAUGAUGGUCCCAUGGAUAGGGAUUAUCUAAAUCUGGUUAAAAAUAUUCCUCAGACUUUAUGUUAGAAUUGAAUGGACGUCUGACUUUAGACAAAACCAAAGUUGGCGCAAACAAAGAUAAAGACACUCAAAUCUUGAACAGACGGUUCAGCGAAUUUCCAGAAGAGCAGCGUCCAUUCGAUAUCAAUCGACAGUGUAAAAUGUCAUAAUAUAUAAUGGGAUAUAAUCUACCGAACGAAAUGAAGAGCUCUGUAGGCUCAGUAUGAGAGUAACCAAAUCUUAGAUGAUCAAAGGUUGAAACACCGGGACACACAACAACAUGUGUCACUGAGACGCAUAGCGCUUUUUGUUUCCCGAACAUGUGUCUCGGGUGUGUCUGGAGUGACGUGAGCUUGCGAUGUCAAACACAGGUUGUUCAAGUAUCAAAAAUAUGUGCUACUGUACUGAAUACAUAAAAUGCAUUUUCACGUGUCUUACUGUGACUGAAUACUUAAUCUGUAUUUCCACAUGUGUUACUGAGACUGAACACAUAAUCUGUAUUUUCACAUGUCUUACUGUGACUGAAUACAUAAUCUGUAUUUUCACAUGUCUUACUGCGACUGAACACAUAAUCUGUAUUUUCACAUGUCUUACUGUGACUGAACACAUAAUCUGUAUUUUCACAUGUCUUACUGUGACUGAACACAUAAUCUGUAUUUUCACAUGUCUUACUGUGACUGAACACAUAAUCUGUAUUUUCCAUUCCCCAGCUGAUGUGUUUCUUCCCAAAGAAAUGAACGUCGUUGGUUCAAUGAAGACUGCCAACUUCAUUUUGUGAAAACGCUCGUGCCUUCUGUAGAAAGACUUUUUGGAUACACAUCAAGACAUCAGAUCUAGAAUUCAUAUUCACAAGUCGAAAACUUUUCCAAAAUAGCGUCAUCUUUUUUUUCAAAAAAAAAAAAAAUAAUAAAAAUCAAUUGCUCUACAUUUUGUUUUAAAAUUUAACAAAAAUAGAAAAACAGUUUUCAGGGGAAACAACAAACACAUUUAUUAUUUUGUGCAAUUUAGCCUAUAUUCUCCUCCCCUAUUAUAAGUUAGUGGGCAGUGAUUUAAAAAAAAUGGCUUUCGGAAAUUAAAUGGAAUCGGGAUUUAAGUAUGAUUUAUUACUUAAUUAAAAUAUAAAACAUAUUUCAACAAAUGUUGCUCUUGAUUACAUACAAUAUUCUGCUCCAAACAAUUCAUCUUCAUCUACAUCGGCUUGUGAGCAGCCAUCAACUUCAUCAUUCAACUUGACACUAAAAUGUGAUGGGAUAUUUUUAGUGUUCAACAAUCAACAAGCUGGAUUUCAUGUCAACAAACAUGUUUUUGUAUACAGCUCAUUAUACAUUCGAUGACCUUUACAAUUCAUCAGCUUCAUAGAAGUGAAAAGAAGAAAAAAAAAACUAUUUACUUCUUACAAUAACAAAAUUUGCUGCUGGUGGAUUUAUCAAAUUCUUGAGAAUAACUAAUACUAUAUUUUUUGUGUUGAUUUUUUCAUGUGAUGUCAUCAUUUUUUCGAUGGAUCGAAAAAUCAAGUUCCAUAAUAUGUGUUUUGUGAAGUUUUAAUACAUCCUUUGAGUGCUCUAACGGUAUAUUUUAUUGACCUAAAUACCAACUGGCAACAUCGGGACUGAUUGCCGGAAUUAAACAAAUUAUGAACUGCUACUGUUGCAUCAACUCAUGUAAACCAUAACAUAUAACAAUUUAAAUACACCAAGUGUACUUAAUAAAAUCAUACUGCCAGUGCAUACAUACAAAAUAUCAACAUCCGGUUGAUGCAACCUUUGUUUUCUCAUUCAACACAAGUUUAGUAUGAUAAUCAAUGAUCUCUGAUUUUUUAACCAUAACAUGAUGGUUUCAGAUGAUGAAUGUUCCUCUUACAGAAUAAUUUAAUACUGUUGUAAUUCAAAAUUUCUUUUAAAAAAAAACAACAAUUCUUGAUGACUGAAAUUAAUGAGGUGUAACAAACUAUUUGUAUGCCAUUCAAAUUCUGAAUAGAAAAAUAUACUCAUGUUUUAAUAUCGAAUUUGGGCAAAAUGGUUGACGGACUAUACAAUCUCGACAACCUGUCUAAUUUGACAAGUCUGGUUGUGAACAUGAGCCACUACACAAGCCCGGGGGUCAGUCAAGCCAGAGACUUGUCAAGCCAUCUGGCCGGGGAUGGGAAAAUGAUAACAACCGCAUCGACGUCCUCCUCACCGACAGAAAGUGCCCACUGGGAGGCAUGUCAUGACUGGCAAGAUGCUCAACACACACUCUUUCAGGUAAAGUUCUUUCUGUCACAUCAUGAAACAUCACAGUAGCCGAUGACUCAAUUUCUAUAAUGGUUCACCCCCGGUUGGCCAAGUCGGUCACCCCCUGUUGGCCAAGUCAGAUACUGGGUUUAGCACCACCAAAUAAUGAACAUGAUGAACAUGGUAAGAACUUAAACUCACAGAAUAUUAGAUUAUUUCAGUCCCCCCCCCUCAUAGUUCUGGAACCAUCUUGACAUACUCUCACUGUUUUGGCAUACUCUCACUAUGGUAGCAUACUCCCCUGAUAGCAUACUCUCACUGUGGUGGCAUACUCCCCUGAUAGCAUACUCUCACUGCGGUGACAUACUCUCCGUGGUAGCAUACUCUCACUGCGGUGGCAUACUCUCCCUGGUGGCCAACUCUCACUGUGGUGGCACACUCUCCCUGAUAGCAUACUCUCACUGUGGUGGCACACUCUCCCUGAUAGCAUACUCUCACUGCGGUGACAUACUCUCCGUGGUAGCAUACUCUCACUGUAGUGGCAUACUUUCCCUGGUAACAUACUCUCACUGUGGUGGCAUACUCUCCCUGAUAGCAUACUCUCACUGCAGCGGCAUACUCUCCCUGACAGCAUACUCUCACUGUGGUGGCAUUCUCUCCCUGGUAGCAUACUCUCACUGUGGUGGCAUACUCUCCCUAGUAGCAUACUCUCACUGUGGUGGCAUACUCUCCCUGGUAGCAUACUCUCACUGUGGUGGCAUACUCUCUCUGAUAGCAUACUCUCACUGUAGUGGCAUACUCUCCCUGGUAGCAUACUCUCACUUUGGUGGCAUACUCUCCCUGGUAGCAUACUCUCCCUGAUUGCAAACUCCCACUGUGGUGGCAUACUCUCCCUGGUAGCAUACUCUCACUGUGGUGGCAUACUCUCCCUGGUAGCAUACUCUCACUGUGGUGGCAUACUCUCCCUGAUAGCAUAUUCUCAUUUUGUUGGCAUUCUCUCACUUGGGAAAUUUAAUUGCAAUCAUUGGAUUCUUCUUUUUGGAUCAAAGUUGUAUCUAUAUUUAGAUCAUGUUUUAUUUCCACAAGGACCCAAACUUUUAUUCUUUGGGAUCAUCUUUAUUUUGGGGCCUCUGACAAUUUUUUUGGUACCCUGUCCUACUUAAGACAACAUACAAUACUCUUAUACAUCCCCCCCCCCCUCUUCUUUAUGUCAUUUUCUCUGAACCACUCAAAUGACUAUAUUCUAAUUAAUGUAUUUAUAUUGUGAUUUCAUUUUAUUUGAAUCUAACUUUUUAUAUAAUUCAUAAUUUUAGUUCAAUUACUUUAUCGAUAUCACUUUAUCCUAAUGACCUGUCCUCUUUCUUGGUUUCCAUCCAUUUAGCUGGCUAACCUCUGUGCAGCCGUCUCUCUGCUCACACCAAGCAGCUUCAGGCAUCACCUCCUGUUCCUCCGUGGCCUCCUUCUCAUUGCCUUCCUUUUAUUUGUCCUCUGGGCAGGACUCUUCGUCUGUAUGCUGGACGUGCUUGCCUGGAACUGUGUCUUCUUUGUAGUGGACUUUGUCCACAUUGUCUGCCUUGCUUACACCAACAUUCCAGUACGUACAUAAUUUGAAUAAAUAGCUUACCUUGCUUACACCAACAUUCCAGUAUGUACACAAUCAAUGAAACUCAGGAUUAAAAAUAUUUGAAAAUAAAUGAGUUUUAAAGCUAUCAGUUCAUGUUCCUACUUUGAGAUAUUAGAUAUUUAAAUUGUACAUUAUGAAAACAAGACAAUCAGGGUCACAUAUUGGGAACUUAAGCCAACUUUAACUUUGCAAUUGUUUGUCGUACCUGUACAUAUUUGCAUGUAUUUCUCAUAAAUUACUUUAAACAGACAAAAGGCUCUUUGAAAGUUUUUAUUUCAACAUAGGAAGUUCCAACUUCAUUAUUUCUAAAUAUUGAAAUUCACUGAAGGAAAUUUAAUUACAUGACAACUAACGCUAUGGACUCUUUGGAAAAAUAAAAUGAGCAUUUUCUUGUUUUUGUUUGUUUUUUCUGUUUUUUGUUUUUGUUUUUUUUCUUCUCAUGAAAAGUAAAUGAGAAGGGAAAAAAUUUUAUUUUAAUUAAAAAUGAAUUUUUAUGUUUUCACCCGUGUUUGUUUAGAGCCGUUUCAACAAGAACCUGAAUGAAUUUUAUGCGAAGAAGAUGAAACCAUUGAAGGUUUGCCGUCAAGACUUCUCUGAGCUGUGCAACAUUGGUAACAUUGUACCUCUAAGGAAAGGGACGAAGUACGCUGUGGAAAACAUCACACCAUGUGGAGAAAAGGUUUCAAUAUUACUUAGGGGAAGGUAUUAGACUUUACUUCUUUAUACCACUUUUCCUUAUUCUAUCGUCUUAUAAUUAGAGUGGCUUUUUCAACAAUUAUUUUUUAAAGUAUUUGUUAUUUAUUACAGCUGCUGAAAAUCGAUUUAAAAUUGCAAUAGAUCUUUGUUUGAACAAUUUAUUAAACUGUGACUUUAAACUCAAAAUUAAUUUGCUCUUAGUUUUCUCAUGAUCAAACUUGUGUUUUUAAUUAAUUUCAUGAGGUUAUUUUCAUUUGAAAUGAUAUUAUUUUGAAAUCUUUAAUAAAGAAAAUGCAACAAAAUUACUCAUAUUGGUCAUAUAGAAUAAAACUCUAAACAAUUAAGUUAUACAAAAGAAAUUAAAAUGCUCAUUAAAAAUUAAUAAGAUUUCAGUAGCAUAAUAGUAUAUCAUCAUUUUAAUGAUUUUAUUUUUUAUUUUCUCAUAUUAAGUAUUACAUUUGCAUAUCUAUUACAUUACAAUACUAUUCUUUAUUUCAGACUCAAAGUCAGCCAUGAUGGAACGUUCCUCCAUUCCGUGGAGCCAAAUGAGUUUGUUGACUCCCCAGAAUUUGACUCAGUCCCAUUUCAUACAGACACGAAUGAAAAAUACCAGGUAGGCUAUCACUCAAAGCAUGAUAUUAUUUUGAUUAUGACAAUUCAUGUUAAAACAUUGACAUGAGACACUUGAAAUAAAUAAAUGUAUCAUUUGUAAAUGUUUCUGAACAAAAUUUUUAAAAUCCAUUUGCACCUUUAAAUGAUAAAACUUGAAAGGAAUUGAACAGUUACUGUUUGUUAGAGCCCUAGAAAAUUAGGAUUGUAUAAUUGUGAAGACUGUGUUAAACCCGAGUGAAGGAAAUGUUAUGAAGGUGAUGAAUGAAAGCUUGAAAUUUAAAACAAAACACUGUCUCCAUUUUGUGGCUUAUUUCCUUUCAAGCAUCUUUUCAAGUCCUGUUUCCAACUCUAUUAUUUUUCCAUGUCACUUUUUUUUUUUGUUGUCGUUUUUAGAUUUUACAUUUCAAGCAUUUUUUUUUCUUUUAAUUUUUUAUGUUUAUUUUUGAAAUAAACAUUUUUUUUGUUUUUUUUAAACAUGAGAUUACACAAACUUAUAAUAACUCUGGUAAAGGUUACCUAAAAUCUUUAAAAUUCUGUAUCAACUCUAGGAAAUAGUGAAGCAAGAUAUGUUCAGGGUUUCUUUCAGCUAUAUCUCCGGGGGGCAUGACCCCCCGGGAAAGCCAAGUGCCCGACCGCCCACCUCCCCCCCCCCCCCCCCCCCCCCCCCUCCCCGAGCAAAAAUAUUUCCAACAAUAAAUCAACUUGAACUGCUGGCACGCCCCCCCGAAAAUUCUGAAGUGCCCCCCCGCCUCCCAAAAUCUGAAGUGCCCUCCCAGGGAAAAAUUUCUGAAAGAAACACUGGAUAUGUUAAGGCAGGGGUCAGGAACCUUUUUGUCUGUGAGAGCCAUGGACAACACAUAUUUUGAAAAGUAUUUCUGUGAGGAGCCAUACAUUAUGUUUAAAACUGAAAAUUCCAGAAAAUGUGUGCAUUUUGUGUAAUUUCAACAUUAAAAAUGCAAUAAUUAUGUCUCUGAAUUCUUUUUAAUAACAUUGUUAUGCUGUUGCUAAUCAAUGAUGAGUAUUUCUUAACUUUAAUGCGAUUUUUUUUUUUAUAAUCGAACAUUUGUCUGCGAGCCAGAUGCAGCCAUCAAUAGAGCCACAUCUGACUCGUGAGCCAUAGGUUCCCGAACACUGUGUUAAGGGUUGACAUGAAAAGACAGGACAAUUCUAGCAACUCUAUUCAUAUCCUGGUCUCAUCCAACAUUGUGGGCCUCCCUUGCUACCAACCCUAUCAAAUCCUUUAUAAAAUUACAUAUCAGUUUCAUAUGUUUUUUCCAAAUAAUACAAUAAAAAAUCAAAACCAUAAAUUUAUUACAAAAUAUGGCAGUUGUGUUAUUUCAUUAUUUUUAUUAUAAAUUUUUUUUUUGCGAACUAUAAAAUAACACAAUAGGCAUACACUGUUGAAAAUGCAAAAAAGGAGGUCGGCUUAAGUACCCCAAUCAAAUUGAUGGGUUCUCUUAUGUUCAGUUCACUUUUCCAGGUAACCAUCGUUUCUAGUGAAGAUUCUUUGGUCAUAUCCUGGUCUUAUCCAACAUUGCGGGCCUACCUUGCCACCAACCCUUUCAUCUGGACAGUAUUCACAAAUUUAGUUGGCAAGGAUGUGAGUGACAAGCUCUACAGAAUACAAGUAAGCAGCUCUAAUUGUUAUAUUUCAUUAUUAAUAUUCAAAUUCUUUUGCAUGAAAAUUGAUUAAAUUUAAGAAACUGCAAUUCAGUCUUAGUGCCAAUAAGUUUUCAUUACACUUUUUACUUUUGUAUUAUAUUAUACACUUUAGACAAUACAAAUAAAUUCUCUACUAAUUUGUUAGCUUUACUUUAGAACAGUUCAGCAUUUGUUUGUACUUCAAUAUUUUAAUUUUAUAUUUUGUUACUUAGAUUUUUAACAGAAAACUGGUUUAAAAUCAUUAAAUUGUUACAUGUUUCAUGUGCUGAAAUUUUAUGAGAGUUUUCCUGACUAACAGACACUACUUAAAGAAAAAUUUACUGUUAAAAUGAACUAAUUUAUAUAAAAUGUAUGAUUUGACUUGACAACAAAAAUUGAUUACCAUUUCCCCAGGAGCUGCUUUUAAGAGAGCCAUUAGAUGCAAUGCUCUCUCCUUCUUUUUUAACACGCAACUCUUCAAUGGUCAAUGUCAGGAAAUGUCUCCUGAGCAAUGAUGGAAGGCAGCUUAGUUAUGCCAAUGGUAAGAAAGAGGUAAUGGAAUUUGAGGGUUUUGAUUUUUGUUGUUAGCAUUUAAUGUGAGGAAGUGGAAAGAAGCCAACAGAGUACACAUCAAUAUUUUGAAAUCUUGGAGAACUGAAUUACUUUGAUCAUUUCACUAACUGAUCAUUAGGAAGGACACAAUUACUUCAAUAAAUGACCAACUAAUUUUUAUAUCUGACCACUUCAGUUACAUCAUCAGCCAACCAACCAAAUAAUCUAAAAAUUGUCUACGCUCCAAACUACCAAUAUCUGCAUAAGAGAGGCUUGUAGGUUUGCCGAUAAAACAGUGCCUAAUUCAGAUAUCAUUCAAAGAAGGUGUAUCAACAAAACGAGUUUGACACCAUGAAAAUACUAUCUGUCAGUAUGCAUUGCCAGCUUUAGGAAAAGGGGAUAAAGGUGGCUGCCUAGUUUUGUAUAUUUUUAGGGGUGACAAAUUUCAGCAUAAUAAAAAUUUUCAGAAAAACAAACAAGAUCUUGAUGAAAAAAAAAAGAAAAGAGACAGUCUGACAAUGAAGUUCCAGAUUAUCCAAUUCUUGACCCAGAAAAGAAUUUUUGAGUUUAUUUUUUAGACAGAUUGUUGACAUAGCAAUUAUAGCAUUUUUUUCAGUUUAUGGUCGACUUUUCCUUCUGCCAAAAAAUCAUAUUUUUCUUGAAAUUCA